AUGCCCGCGCCGCUGAAGAUCGUCAUCGUCGGCGACGGCGCCGUCGGCAAGACCUGCCUGCUGAAGAGAUUCACCGAGGGCCGAUUUCCUGAGACCUACGUGCCGACGGUCUUCGACAAUGCGGAGGCGGCCCUCACGCUCGACGACGGCCGCGACUGCCUCGUGUCGCUCUGGGACACGGCCGGCCAGGAGGACUACGCGCACCUGCGCAGGAUGAGCUUCCCGAACGUCCACGCGUUCGUCGUCCCCUUCUCGUCGACGCGCGCGUCGAGCUUCGACAACGUCGUCCGCACGUGGCUGCCCGAGUGCGCCGAGGCCGACGCGACCGCGCCCGUCAUCCUCGCCCGGACGAAGAUCGACCUGCCGUCGCGCGUCGACCACGCCAUGGGCGCGGCGCUCGCGCGCGAGGUCGGCGUCGGCUACGUCUCGACGUCCGCGCUCACGGGCGAGGGCGUCCGCGAGCUUUUUCACGCGGCGGCGCGCGCGGCCCUGGACCAGCGCGAGCGCGCCGCGGCGCGCCUCGCGAAGCGCACGCGCUUGCGACGGGCGCUCUCCUACCUCGGGCUCUUGAAACUGCCCGGGGCGCCGCGGUCCCCCCUCGCGGCGGGGAGGCUAUGA